AUGGCCCUGACCUGCCUGGCAUGCGGCCAGCGGAACGCCCGGAAGUGCUACGGAUCAAUCGCUUGCAACGCCUGCAAGAUCUUCUUCCUGCGAACGACGGCAAAAAACGCGACGUUCACCUGCUUCAGUGGAGGGAAAUGCGUUUUUCCUCGUGACGACUGUCGGGCCUGUCGAUAUCAGCAGUGCCUCAACGCGGGGUUGAUUCCGAAUAUCGUCGCCCGACGCGAGGGAUGCACGCUACGCACCCGAAGCCCUCGAUCUCCUCAAUCCGUAGCCUCGACCUCAGCCGCCUCAUCCUCACCGGAACCUAAAGAAGAAGUCGACUCCGUCCUCUGCACUGCCUUCCUCGACAUGGGUUCCGUCCGCUUCGACUGCACCCCACAGGCGUUCGUUGACAGCAAUGUGGAGCCGGUGAAGGCGUUGUUGCAGUUGGAAGCAUUCUGUAAUGGCGACGACGCCGACUGCCCAAUGGGCAAUUUCACGUACAAUCUGGAUUUAUGCUUUGAAGACGUGCUGAGGUGUCCGACGUCGUUGUGUCUGCGGAUACCGGCCGGCCUCUCCAGUGUCACCUCCCAAUCUCGGCCACCACCUCCCAACCUUGCUCGCCAAUUCUCACGGCUCCUUCUCCACGUCGUCGACUAUGUCCGGGGCUUGGCGGAGGUCUCCCAGCUUCCUCCAAAGGACCAAGUGGCCUUCUGCAAACGGCAACACCUGUUCGUAGCGCCGUUUAUCAUGUAUGCAUACACUUAUAGGGUUGGACAUCCUGGACUCGUCGCCGGCCUCGGUGAAGCCUUCCAGAAUGAUCAAGAGCUAAAAAUUCAUGAAAUCGGUGACUUCCUGCACCGGAUGAUCCAGCUCGGGCAGUCGGAAAUCAUCCCCGCAUUCCGAGAGACGCAAAUGGACGACGGGGAAUACGUUUUGCUGAAGAAUAUCUUGAUUUUCCAUUCUGCCCACGGCCUCUCCGAAACGAGCGCGGCAAUAAUUCGGGAAGCCCGGAAGCGAUACGAGUGGAUGUUGACACAGAGAAUCCGCUACAAGUCUCAAAACGACGUCGAUGCCAUCUACAAGGUCGCCAAGUUGAUGGGAGCGUUGAAGAGCCUAGUGGAACUCGGCUUCAAGCGCGCGCCAUUUUUCUCGCGCUGCGUGGCGCUGGAUAUCUGUGGAUUGCGAGGGCGUCUCCCCGCCGAUGUGUACAUAUUG